AUGGCAGACUCGGCCUCUGCGCCACCGAAGCCUAGCAGCAGUGUCAAGCUUGUGCUGCUGGGCGAGGCGGCCGUUGGGAAGUCAUCCCUCGUCCUCCGCUUUGUCAAUAAUGAUUUCCAAGAAAACAAGGAGCCUACCAUCGGUGCUGCCUUUCUAACCCAAAAAUCCCAUCUCCCCCACCGCACCAUAAAGUUCGAAAUAUGGGACACAGCCGGACAAGAGCGCUUCGCCUCGCUCGCUCCCAUGUACUACCGCAACGCCCAAUCCGCCCUGGUUGUAUACGAUCUCACUAAACCCACCUCUCUCGUGAAAGCGAAACACUGGGUCGCCGAACUACAGCGGCAGGCGAGCCCCGGCAUCGUGAUCGCCUUAGUGGGUAACAAGCUGGACCUUACCAACGAGGACGCCGCGGCCUCGCGGGAAGCGACUUCUGGUGAUGGAGCUGACGCCGUGGGCGAAGAGGUGGCCGAGGAGAGUGGCGAUGCGAGGAAGAUUAGUACGAAGGAAGGGAGGGAAUAUGCGGAGGAAGAGGGACUACUGUUCUUUGAGACGAGUGCGAAGACAGGGGUGAAUGUUCAAGAGGUAUUUACGGCUAUUGCGAACGCGAUUCCGGAGACGCAGAUGAAAGGUGCGAAAGGCCCUGGAGCUACGGGUGCUGGCACGGGACAAACAGCUCUGGGCUCGGAGAGAGUCAAUCUGAACCAGAGAGCGGAGGGGGCGAAGGAGGGAUGCGCUUGUUAA